GGCGGCCUCGCUUGUCAGUUACCGGUUCAUAACCUCAAUGUUUAAAAUCUAUUAGUUUUAAAAAUAUUUACAUGUGCAUUUAUUAACAGUUUUCAUGCGUUAGCAACACAAUGAUGGGUGAAGCGGUUAUGUCCAAAUCCGAGGAUCUGUGGAACCCUUACAGAGAACUUAAGACAAUUGUUUGUAAACACCUGAGCGAGGAUGGGGACAGUUUACCACACGUUGAAUUGGAGAACAUCCUGAGAAAACACAAGCAAACAUUUUUCUCCAUGCUACAAAAUGCUCCGAAAAACGCCAAAAGCAGAGAGGAACUCAAGAAAGGCAUGGUGGAUGGAAUCACAGUCAAAGGCAUCGGUCAUCAAAUCCUCUCCAAAGAAUUGUACCAGGAGGCCAUCAUCCUGUCUGACAUGUUCAACAUUAAUGAAUUCAUGGCCUUGGAUCUGCUGUGCACUGCCCAAAUACAAAUGCCGUACUACCCAUCCCUGCCCAGAGGCUUGGUGGCAGUCCUACUCUACUACGAUGGCCGGAAGGCCCUCGUUUCCACCUUGUUGUACUUGGUAAAGGCACGGAGCGGCGUCCAGUGGAGCGUCAAAGUGAAACCGGACCUGGAGAGUUUCAUAACAGAUUACACCAACCAGCUCAUGGAAGGUGGACUGUUCACCAGAAUAUUCGAACUGUUGCGUACGUUGGACUUGACCAAGGAGAUGGAACUGCUGCAACAAAACGUGGCGUUGGGCGGCCCGAAGCACAGACGGCAGGUGACCGAUUUGUUCAACGAUAUCAGGAACAUACUCGCCGACAUUGUAUUUUCUUGGUCGGCCCAAACCGGUCUGCCUAAAGACGCCACGAUAUCACUCAUUAACUAUCUGAAGGAGGCCAAAACUACUGAGGAACCGUCGGGAAAAAUCGACGACGUUAAUUUUUAUCUCCUGAUGGCGUUCCUGUGUGCUGUGGACUUGAGUGUUUUACACACACACGAGGACGGAGAGGAGGUCGUACAGUCUUUGCCCAUACUAGCCGAUGAGGGCUACAUACCUGCUGUUUUGAACGAAUUUAAAUCGUUGUCUGGAGAGAAGCCCUCAUGGAACUCCAAAGGUAUUGAAGCUGUGGCGGCGUUCGGAUUGUCCGUUUGUCUGGCCUCCCUUAAGGUUGUACCGCAGAAUUUCCAAUUCCAAGAGGCGAUCGACAAGGAGGAAUUUUUCAUAGAUGCGGCCAUAGAACUGAACUGUUUCGAGUUUAUGUAUAAUAACUUACUCGAAAGCGACACUUUGUACAAGGAUGCGUUUACGUACAAAAGGAUGCACAACUUAAUGUCGGAUUUUAUUGUCUACAUGUACCCCAAAAUCAAGGAUUUGCGUUUGAAAGCCGACGAAAUUGCUAGGACGGUGCAGGUGUACAGCCGCGAAGGCUUGGAGGCGCCCCCGAUGCCCCGUUACUUCGAAUUCUUGCUGCUGAGCAUCGGCAAAUUAUACUCCAAGGAUCAGCUCGAAACCAACUACAAAGAAGACUACUGGCCACCGCACGAUAACAAGUCUGGCAACAACAGGGAGCACGGAUCCUACAGGGCGCCCCCCCGGGCCGUUUCGUUGUUCAAAUUCGUCCGUUUAGCCGGAGACAUGUUGCCAAUGUGCCUGUUCGUCCCCUACAUAACGAUGCUGAGCGGUUUGUCGUCGUCUCAGAAAACUGCCCGUCACUGCUUUAACAUGUUGAAGCAAGUCGGGUCGCACCUCUCCCCCACUUUGUCGUGGGAUCACUUCUUCAUGUCGUUCACUCAGUACUACACCAAUUUGAGACAGGAGGCGCCUCCGGUGGCAGACACCGUUUACCGCAACAGAGGUAUACACAAGGGCGUGUCCCCGCACGAGCUGGCCGGCUUGCACGCCGUCCUUUUGCUGGUACGCACCGUGGCUGAACAGGACGAGUUCUCACGUCUAGCUCUGUGCGAACAUCCCGCCUGGUCGCCCCUCACAGUCCUCCUGGGGCUCGUCAGUUGUUCCGUACCCAUUCCCCUAAAGGCCGACUUGUUGUUGACGUUGGCCGCCCUUUCCAAUUCAUCAGAGAACGCCUAUCAAAUGUGGAGCAACCUGGAGGCAUCACAAAUCUUAAUGACCAUCCCUACUACUUCGAGUUACGCACCCAGGGGCAUACAGACUGAAUUGGAGGAGAUCGAGUCCCGAAUGGAGGAGUACCCGCUCACCAGGGCCUUGCUGACGCUCUUGGACGUACUCAUAGACUUUGGUAUUCCCAGGACUCUGGGGGCGGGGCCCAGGAAGCCCGGUUUCGACCCCUACCUUUCGUUCAUCAUCAACUCCGUGUUCCUGAAGUUCCACGCCCGCCUCUACAGGCACCCACAGGAGAAAUGGCAGGUCGCCUUGUUGUGUCUGAAGCUGUUUGAAAAGCUGUUGAACCAGUACGACCCGAAAGUGGGCGACUUUCCCAAAUCCGUGGGUGCCACCACUGAAUUCAGUGCACCGCCAGGUUUCCACCUCAUGCUUCAAUUGAACAACAAGUCCGAGUUGUUGAACGUGAUUUUGGACAUAAUCGACGAAGGCAACCGUCAGUUCGACACCUACCUGUCGUUCCAAGGACACAAUUUACUUAGAGACUGCACUCUGUGUUGCCUCAAUAUAGUGCAUAGGGCGCUGGCACUUCAGCCCAAGUUCUUUUAUUAUCUGGGCAACUCGUCCGCCUCCAUAAUCUUGACGAGCAUCGGCAAGCUGCUGCUGACGAUCAACAGGCGCAGCGGCAAGCCGGAUCAUUGCGUCAACAUCGCCAAGUACGUCACCUAUCAACUGUACAUGCCGUCACACGCCAGAAUGGCCGUGAAAAUACUGAUGCACGUCACCAGCUCGCCGGCCGCCCACAAUCAGUUCGCCAACAUCCUGGUGUCGUGCGAGGAGUCGAAGCGGGCCGUCAAGACCGGCUUCGUCGAAUGUCUGGACUCGGCCGGCGAGGACGACCCGAAAACGGUCAUCGCCACCAAAAUAGAAAUCCUCAAACUCAUCAAACUGUGCCUGUCGUACAACGCACCCAACCUCGCCCACUUCCUCCUGGGCUUCGACCUGAAGCGCGACAUCUCCAGGACCGAGUUCCAGCUGCCCGGCGUCCUCGACUUCCCCAGGACCUGCCUGCACUCGCUCAUCUCCAUAAUCGAAAGCAACGGCGGCUGCAGCGUGGCCACGUCCGACACGCCCGUCCUUCUGGAGUCCGCCUGCCACCUGCUCUACCUGCUGGCGUCCAACGGCAAGACCUCCGGGCCGGUGCUGAGGUUCGUGCGGCUGAACAAGAGGUUCUACAUGGACCAUCUGAAGGAGGCGCACCAACAUCUCGAGAACGGCUUGCACGAGUUCAACCAGUUCUCCUGGCUGAUGAAGACCUUGGCUAUUGAGCUGAAAGUGUCGUGCAACGCCAAACAGGUGUCGUACUUGAAGCAGAACUGCACGUUCCUCGUUAACAUACCGUUGGAGGACGCCGAGACGACCGACGCGUUCACCAUGCAGGACAACAAUCCGGAGGACACCCAAAUGGAACCGAGGGAGGAGCUGCAGACCACCAACUUCCUGACCAGCCUCAUCGACCAUUUCGAUUUUAAGAGUCCCCCGGUGGAGGUGCCGGACUGGGAGUUCUUCGACAGCAACGUGCUCAACAACUUGCUCGCCAGCUGCCAGCUGAAGACCAACGCCAAGGUGCCCCAGCUGAUAGACUUGAAAAAGCUGCACCAAAUCCUCUACGAGGAGCUGAGGACGUUGCAAGGAACGGCGGUGAUGGGACAAAUACAGUCCAUAACCCAAGAGAUACCCAAGGUUUUAAACUACGCCCUGGAAUUGAACAAGAGGAGCGAGAAACGUGCCGCUGUGGUCCAAUUCGUGAACGCCUGGCGGCAAGUCAUAGAGGUUUUGGUGGUUUACAUGCCGCCGGAGGUCUUAAACACCAGCGAGCAACAGUUCAUCUGUCUGUGCAUGAUCAGCAAUUUACUUAAAACUGUUGUUAAGCUGAUCAAUUUGUUGCUGCCGGAGGUUAGCAGGUUGUUGUCCGGGGCGAUCCUCCUCAUGAUGGACACUUUAAAGAACUGCUACCUGAGGGACCAAAAGUUGGAGAAUAUGUCCCGGAUUACGUUCGAACAGGACCACAACUUGAACAACCCUGUGGCCCAGAACGUGCUGCAGUUAUACAAGGGCAACACUUUGAAGGAAAUAGUCGAGAACUUGGUUGAAUGGAUCAUGAUUUCAGACGUGGUUGAUGGGGAACUAAGAAUAAACCUGUAUGCCGCCCUUGUGACGUUCCUUCAGCUAAACAACAACGCCAACGAACGGCGUGAAAUCGACACCUCUUCGUUGAUUUUAAACAGCACCUACGUGAGCAGAUUGGACAGCUCAAGAUUAAGUAGCAGUGAAGCUUCUAACGUGCAGAUCGACAUUUUGUCCACGUUCGGCGAAAAACUCAUAGAAAUUUUGUGCCACGACUGUAUUGGUGGGCAGGAAAUCUGCAAAAUUCUGGCCAUGUCCAGCUUCAGUCAUCUGAUGACUUUAUCCGGCAACGUCAAUUGGAUUCUGUACAUGUCCGGCAAGGGUUACCUCAAGCACAUCAUUCAAAGUAUUUUGGACAGCGACAACGAGUUAAGGAACAUGCUUGAACCAAACACCGACAACAUUAAGCCCUUGUAUUUAUACUUGGCGAAGAUACUUUUGUUGGCCAGGGUGGCCGGAACGAGAGCCGGGGCUGAGCUUUUGCUGGAACACAAGCUGCUAUCUUGUUUUAGUAACAUGAACGUCUUCACCCUGCAUCCGGAAAUAUCUAAGACUUCAGACGAGGACAAUGAAGACUUGGAGGACUUUUUGCCACCAGUUGAACAACAGUACUUGCAAAUCUGGAUGCCCACCUUGGAUAUCUGUAACAUAAUCCUCACCACACUUGGCACUGAAAACCAGUCAGCAGUGGUUCAAGUUAUGUACUUCUUGUUAAGUCAUCUGGACGUUGUCGAGUUGAUUUUAAGGUCCGGCCACCCCGACCUAUCGACCGUUUCACUGAAAGAACUAGCUCUAUUGACGUCCGUCCUUUCUAGAACCGCCAACAACGACUUGAUUAACGUUUUGGAAAACCCCAACAUCGUCCACAAUAAUAGGGCGCAGCUCUUCCGCAUUCAAAAACUGAUGUUGGCCCUCCUUCCUAAGUUCAUCCUUUCAGACGACAACACCAAAAGACUGAACGUCGGCGUGGACUCCGACGACGACUCGAAUUCAGACAAAAAGUCGGUCACCUCCGACCGAUUGUUGUACGGCAUGCAAAUCAUGGCCAACCUCCUGUGCUACUCGAGGAACAUCAUCGCCAACCACGGCAUCGAACACAGCGGCGUCGGGGUCGUGUUCUUGCCCACCCUCAGUGACCCGCUGAUGAGCUCCGCAGCCUCCAGACAGAACAAAGUGAGCUACAACGGGUUUCUGAGCUCCAACGCCAACAUGGAGCAGGAACAGUCGUUGGGUGUGAUUGUCCAGCAGUUGCUCAGCACCGUUAACUAUCAGCAUCAGGAGAAGGUCACCUACGACAUGCUGGUGCGUCGGUUGUCCGAGGUUCCGCAGAUGAACUCGGCCGAACUGAAGAACUUGAUCGACACCUCAUUGGAUAUGUGCACGGAUUUGGUUAGCAAGAGGGAGAAGGCUUACGAAAUCAUAUCCGAGAGGUUGGAGAAAAAGAAGAAGGAAAUGGAGUACUGUGCAUUUAUCAUUGAAAAUUCCCUCUUCAUAAUUUGGGUGCAUUUAGACUAUUACAUGCUCAAAGCAAUUCCAAAACCGAAGACUUAUGGGUACUUACUUCAUUCCAACGCAAGUUUAAACGCUGAUACUACAUUAGCAUCCUCAUCAGAAGCCACUUGGAAAAUAUCCACAGACGUUAUCAGCGAACUGAAACAAGGAUUAGUCUCACUUUUCAACGACAGUUUCAGCAAACAAUUAUUGGAGACUGCUCAGGGCCAGUCAGAAUCUGACAUUGGAUUAGUAGAGGCACUUUUAAGGAAAAUAAAACGACUCGUUCAGUUUGUGCCUGUUAAGUAAAAGUGUAUUUUUGUAUGUUUAUGUUCAUUACUUUGUUGAAAUAAAUAAUUUGUAAGUUU